AUGACCGCCAACCGAUGUCGAAAUCCUCUGACGUCCGAAUUCAUCACGAGCACCUAUCGACCUCAGAUGAAAUCCCUGAGCCUUGAACGACAAGUCCCCAACCUGUUCUGCCUAACUGGCACCACAUGCAAAAAUGCAUUACAUCAGACGUUUGGUCUCCCAACUAGCAACACCACCGCUAUUCAUUACUAUCCCUCCUCCUCACCAUCGUCACUAUCACCAUCAUUACGAUGCAACACCAGUGACUCACCUCUCCCUCCUUUCUCUUCUCAUCUUGCAGUGCAACAUCCACCUGGCCAACCGGAACCUUCCUUCGGGGACAGAAUCGAGAACAUCACAGUCAUCAAAGGGCGUGACAUCACCUUCACCUGCGUUGUCAAGCACCUAGGCCAGUAUAAGGUGGGCUGGGUCAAGGCAGACACGAAGGCGAUCCAGGCCAUUCACCAUCAGGUCGUGACUCACAACCCGCGCGUGUCCGUGACCUACCGUGAUCGCACGACCUGGAAUCUCCACAUCAGGAACGUACAGGAGGAUGACCGCGGCCUCUACAUGUGCCAGGUCAACACCGACCCCAUGAUGGCGAUGAUGGCGAACCUGAAGGUGGUCGUUCCUCCGGAGAUCAUAGAUAACGAGACGUCCCGCGACACCGAAGUGCAGGAGGGGGACUCGGUGAAGCUGAGCUGCAAGGCGAGGGGCUUCCCGCAGCCGGUGGUGUCGUGGCAGCGGGAGGGAGGCAAGGGCAUCGUCUUCAGAGACCUCGGGAAGACAGGUUGUGAACAGCAGCAAGACAGAGAGGAAUUGGCGCUGAUAAAAAAAAACACACACACACAAAACAAACAAACAAAUAAGACAAACAAAACCAAACAAAAAAAAAAAAGAUACAGCGCAAAAAAAAAGAAAAAAAAUACUAACUGCCUGCCAAAUCUAUUCCCAGUGAACAGCAGCGAGGGAGAGGAACUGGCGCUGACCAACGUCGAGCGAUCAGACAUGGGCCCGUACCUGUGCAUCGCCAAGAACGGAAUUCCGCCGUCAGUUAGCAAGAGGAUUUUGCUCAGAGUACACUUCUCCCCGAAGCUCCACGUACCCAUUGACAUGAUGGGCUCGCCGCUGGGUAAAAACGUCUCGAUUAAGUGCACGAUCGAGUCCUCCCCGCGAUCAGUCAACACUUGGCAUAAGGAUCCAGGUAAACAGAUGAUCAUCAGCAGCCCGAAAUACAACGUGUCCGAGUACCACGAAGCCUUCUACGUCACCCACUUGAGUCUGACCAUCAGGAACUUCAGUAAAGAAGAUGUCAACACCUAUCGCUGCUCUGCCAGUAACUCUCUCGGGGAGACUGAGUCCUCUGUACAUGUAUAUGAGAUCCCCCAGGAGCCUCGCAUCAACAAGAACAAGGACGACUCACGCCUCGAGAACCACAUCCCGAGCUCCGAGUACGAGAGCAACACCAAGAACGACUUCGCCUUCUACACCGACCUCGAGGACACGAAGGUCGACGCCACCUACAGAGACCCUUAUCCCCCGGGGUCCGGCCUCCAGCCCACGGGGAAGGAGAAGGAGGUGCCGGCGAAGGAGGCGAACUCCCACCAGCAACCUUCGGGCAUCAUUACGUUCCCGAUGUUCAACAGCAGCCAGCCUUCGAGUUUCGCGUUGGCGUCCUGGGGCUCCUUCGGCCUCCUGUUGCUCUGUCACGCCUUGGCGGGAUUUCGCGCGCUGUUGUUCUGAGCUUGAUGUUGCAUAAUGUUGCAUAAUGUUGUCCUACCCCUCCCUCUUAUUUCCCCCUUUGUGAUCUGCGGCCUUCCGGUUUUCUUGGGAGGUUCACAAGGGGAAAGGAAGUAACCCCAUAUCCACUGACUGUUGGGUCUUUACUGAGAAAGCAUAGCAGGUCCUGUAUACAUCCAACCCUCGUUAGUGUGGCUCAAGUCUAUUUCGCUGAAGUUACUUUUCAUUUUACAACGAAUUUUUGGCUCCGUUGUAUCACCAUCUUCGGUAGAGUAGUGCGUCUGUUGAUGUUCUGUAAAUAUAGAUAAGUUAGCAUAUUUUUAUCAUUACUUAGAGACGACCAUAGUGCUUCCAUUCUUCAUAUCACAGGAACAGGGUUACGGAAUCCUAGGUUUAUGGUGCAAACAGACAAACACAACUGCGACCAUACUUACACACAAACAAUCACAGCCACACAAACAUACCCACGAACCAAACAAUCAUAACACACAUCAAUAAUACGCACAAAACACGAUCUUAGGCUCAAAAGUGAACAGAGGCUUAAUACCCCAGACAGUGUUUGUGCUCGUAUACCACACUCCUGGGGCUCCUCAGUAUGUGUUUGUUGUUUUUUUUUCCUGAAGUUCAACUACGCAACCGUGACCGAGGGGAAGACGUUCCCAGCCCUCCAGCACUAAUUCCAGUCACAUUCCUAUAUACAUAUUUAUAUACACACAUAUGUGUG